AUGACAAAGACAAAGACAACUCCAAACUAUGAGUUUCGGCGCUGCCCCAUGUGUUCAUACUCAGCUAAAAGUGAGGAGGACUACAGGGAGCAUGUUUUCAAAUGCGCAAUGAGGACUUUUCAAUGUCCAAGUUGUGACUUUUCUAAUAACAAAGAAGCUAACCUGAAGAGACAUGUAAAGAGAUGUCACCCAGGAUUGGCACAGGAAGAUUUGAUUAAGCUUGGGGUAAAAGAAAAUAGAAGCGAAGAGGUAAACGAGCCGGAGGAUGAUCACGAAUGGUUGUCUCAAGAUCCGGGAGACCUCAUUGGGGACGUUUCGGACAAUGGGAGUGAUGAAGAUGAAGAUUCAUCAAGGCAGAAUACAGAUUGCUCCCCUAAGGAUGAUGACUGUCAUAUGGAAGGAAGACUGUUCCGUAAACCAACAAAGCCUUCCUUACCAGUGUCUCUCAAACGUAAAGCGGAUGUAGUGCCUCCAGUCCCUGAAAAGAAAACAAAAGAUCAGGCGGUCCCGGUCAAUGCUAUAGAGAGGAAAAGAGACAUGGGAACCCAGACAGAUCCUGUCCGGAGAAUCGUUAAAACCAAGACUGUAAAGAAAUUCAGAGAAGGGAGCGUAGAUACUAAGAUUAUUUCUGAAGAAAAAGUCGUGUAUAAUUAGUAAUAUGUGGUUGAAUCAUGAGCUUUUGUUAAAUUAUUGUAUGUAAAGAAAAAUUCUUUUGUUACUACAGGGAUAAGUAACCCCGUAGUGUAGAAUGUACAAUAAAUCCUACCCUGUGAUUUACAUCAU